AUCAGUCUCAGUGGGCUAAGUUAUGUGGUUUCACCCAAAUAUCACCGGUGUGGAGGCAGAAAACCUACUGCUGACAAGAGGCGUGGAUGGCAGUUUUUUGGCGAGGCCCAGUAAGAGUAACCCUGGAGACUUCACACUUUCCGUUCGAAGAAAUGGAGCGGUCACCCACAUCAAGAUCCAGAACACGGGCGAUUACUAUGACCUGUACGGAGGGGAGAAGUUCGCCACCCUGGCUGAGCUGGUGCAGUAUUACAUGGAGCAUCACGGGCAACUGAAAGAGAAGAACGGAGAUGUGAUUGAGCUCAAAUAUCCUCUGAACUGCGCAGAUCCUACCUCAGAAAGGUGGUUUCAUGGGCACCUCUCUGGGAAAGAAGCCGAGAAGUUAUUAACAGAGAAAGGAAAACAUGGGAGCUUUCUUGUGCGUGAGAGCCAGAGCCACCCCGGAGAUUGCGUUCUGUCCGUCCGCACUGGUGAUGACAAAGGAGAGAGUAGUGACGGCAAGUCCAAAGUCACCCACGUCAUGAUCCGCUGCCAGGAAAUGAAGUACGAUGUCGGUGGAGGAGAGCGGUUUGACUCGCUGACGGACCUCGUGGAGCAUUACAAGAAGAACCCGAUGGUGGAGACCCUGGGCACCGUGCUGCAACUCAAGCAGCCUCUCAACACAACCCGCAUCAAUGCCGCGGAAAUAGAGAGCCGGGUGCGAGAGCUAAGCAAAUUAGCCGAGACCACAGAUAAAGUCAAGCAAGGCUUUUGGGAAGAAUUUGAGACAUUGCAGCAACAGGAGUGCAAGCUUCUCUACAGCCGGAAAGAGGGCCAGCGACAAGAGAAUAAAAACAAGAACCGAUACAAGAACAUCCUGCCCUUUGAUCACACCAGGGUGGUCCUCCACGACGGCGAUCCCAACGAGCCCGUUUCCGAUUACAUCAAUGCGAAUAUCAUCAUGCCUGAAUUUCAAACCAAGUGCAACCACGCAAAACCCAAGAAGAGUUACAUCGCCACCCAGGGCUGUCUACAAAACACGGUGAACGACUUCUGGCGGAUGGUGUUCCAGGAGAACUCCCGUGUCAUCGUCAUGACAACGAAAGAAGUUGAGCGGGGCAAGAGCAAAUGUGUCAAGUACUGGCCCGAUGAGUACUCUCUCAAAGAAUACGGGGUCAUGCGUGUUAGGAACGUCAAGGAGAGUGCCGCUCACGACUACACGCUACGAGAACUUAAACUGUCGAAGGUCGGACAAGGGAACACGGAGAGAACGGUCUGGCAAUACCACUUUCGGACCUGGCCAGACCACGGCGUGCCCAGCGACCCCGGCGGCGUGCUGGACUUCCUGGAGGAGGUCCACCACAAGCAGGAGAGCAUCGUGGACGCGGGGCCCGUGGUGGUGCACUGCAGUGCUGGGAUCGGCCGGACGGGGACCUUCAUCGUGAUCGACAUCCUCAUUGACAUCAUCAGAGAGAAAGGCGUUGACUGCGACAUCGAUGUGCCCAAAACCAUCCAGAUGGUGCGUUCCCAGAGGUCAGGGAUGGUGCAGACAGAAGCACAAUACCGGUUCAUCUACAUGGCCGUCCAGCAUUAUAUCGAAACACUACAGCGCAGGAUCGAAGAAGAGCAGAAAAGCAAGAGGAAAGGACACGAAUACACAAAUAUUAAGUAUUCCCUAGCGGACCAGACCGGAGGCGAUCAGAGCCCGCUCCUGCCCUGUACCCCAACACCAUCCUGUACCGAAAUGAGAGAAGAUAACGCUAGAGUCUAUGAAAACGUGGGCCUGAUGCAGCAGCAGAAAAGUUUCAGAUGAGAAGGACCCGCCCAGACCUCAGCACACAAACAGAUAUGGAUUUUCACCCACCCCCUAAAAAGGAUGAAGAAAAGAUACAAGAAAGUUUCUAUGAAGAAGGAAUUUGGAUGUGGAAGGCUCGGGUUAUUACGUGGUUGUCUCUCUCUUUUGAGAAGUACAAUUUGAAACCAUCAAAGGACCCACCACCGUAUGCUCACUCAGCAGGACCCGGUCUCUGAUUACUCAUUUUCUCAGAUAGGAAAUCAUCUCUGCGAUGUAGGCAGUGCUCUAUGUUCUAGAAUCUUGUUCUAAACCGAGGACAGCGGUCGUCGAAGUGUCUGUCUCACGGCAUCAGUUUUCCUUUUGCCCUGUCGACCAUUGAAUCAUCCUCUCUUCCUGGGAGAUGACAGGGCAUCUGUAAGAGGAGACACCAGGUGGGCAUAUCAAGUAACAAAUGCCCUGAAGAAGUGGGGACGCGUUCCCUCACCGUCAGUUACCUUGUGGUGGGUGAUUCAUGUUGAUGGCCGCUUCCUCUAGGGGAAAGGAUUAAGCCAGUGCCCCCGACGGACAGAAGCUGGUGGUCACAUUUUGCAUUGCUCUCUCGGGAAUAUCGUGGAAACCGACACAUUAGGAUAAGAGAUGUUUUGUUUUCUUUUUUUUAGCGGUUGACCAUUUUUCCUUCCCAACUUCCACUCAGCCUGUUGACACUGGCAUCCUGAGUGGGGUGGCAAGAAGCCUUCGGCCAUGUUUCCUUUGCUUUGAGUAAUCUGACAGUUUAGAAAAUGGGCAUCUUUGGAUGACUAAGGUUUGGGUGAUCGGUUGCUGACAAACCACCCCAGGACUGUGGCUUCAGACACCUCCCUUCUCCCCCUUCCAACCCCCAUGACUUUUGGAUCUGGGCUGGGCUCAGCUGAGCUGUUUUUCUGUCAGCCUGGCUGGCGGGCGGUCACGUGGUCAGUAGCUUGGCUGAGCCACUGUCCCAGGGGGGCUUGUUUCACUCUCUCCGUGUAGUUCGCAGGGGCUCGCUUCUCUCCGCGUGUGACCGUUCCACAUGGCUCUCCCGCUGGGCAGCGCAGAGCCCCCAACAAGGAAAAAGGAGAUGAGGCCAGGCUUUCCUCAGGCGUGGGCCCAGGACUGUCACUGCAUCCCUCCUGUGGUUCGGCCCAGCAGCCAGGCUUCCAGAGGUAGGCAGUCCACCACGGAGGUGUGCCCGUGGCCAUGGACUGCCACAGUCGUGCCGUGGGAAAAGAACCACAGGUAGCGGAAGUGGGAGCUGCUGGUGAUGUCGGGAAACUGGAGCUGCUUAACAAUAACUGGUGAGCUCCGGGUCAGACUGAGAAACAGGGCAUUUGAGACGCUUCCCAAGGAGUCUUGGUGGCGCGCUGUGGGGGGCACGUUGGGCUGCCCCCCACAGGGUCAGCGGUUUCACCCACCAGCCGCCGCUCCAUGGCAGAAAGGUGAGAGGUUUUGCUUCCCUAAGGAUUUACAUCCCCGGAGUCCACAGGGGCAGUGCCACCCUGCCCUGCAGGGUCCCUGAGGGUCAGCACCGACUCCACGGCAGUUGGGGGAGGGGAGAAGCUUCCUGAACCAGUUGUGCCAACGCCAGCCCUGCUUCUUGGAACCAACACCCGAGGAAACUGGUCUCAGAAGGAUGUGGGUGUGUUUCGGGGGAUGGAGCGUUUGGCAGCAGACCCACCCAUGCCCACGGGCUCCGCAGAAUGGGGUGAAUGUGCUCUCUCGGGACCUGUGGCGUCCAGCCAGGCUGGCGUGUGGGGGCGCCUCCACCAGGCCUCUGGCCCCGUUGAAUCAGCAGCACCCCUCCCUAACCGACCUUAAGUGCCUUUUCCGUAGACGUCCCUUUUUGCCCUGUGUGUUGAACCGUGACUCGGUGAGUGUACUUCAAUUACGGUGUUGUUAUGGGUUGUCUCUGUGAAGAUGCAGCAGUGCCACAGCCACUGUGCCACUAAGUUAUUAGGGUCUCCUGCACAGAUUCUUCUCCCCGGGCUCCUGAGAGGAAGACCAGGCCCAGCCCUGGAAGUCGCUCUCUGCGGUCUCGCUCACCCUUGAAACCCUGCGGGGGCUUGGGGGAAGCCCUGGCUACCCCUGUUGCUGUUCUUCCCAUCCCAACUCCCCCCAACUCUCCAUUAACCCUAGACUGCCUGGGAGUGCAGGCUAGCCUCCAGGGGCUGCCUGAGUGGUGGACUCCAAAUGCCAGGCCUGUGAAGGGAGGUUCCAGCCCAGCGUUUGCCACAGGCUCUGGGCGAGCCCUGUUCUUCCGGUUUGUUGUCACAUUUGCAAAGUUUCCACUAGCCUCGACGUGGGAACCUUUUGGCCCUGGACCUGGGGGUGCGGAGUCUUGACACCAGCAUACAAAGGUUUUGUUUGUUCACAUACAUCGAUUGCGUUCACGUCUGUGCGUCUGUCGCUUAAUGAAGCUCAGUCGCUGUGUUCCGAGCCUGGCCCGGAAACAAAUGCCCGAUCUUGGCCAGCUGUCUGUGUCCCAGGACUGUGAUUUAAUUUCUCUUCCUCGCCACGGAGCAAGCAGAUGAUUGUGUGGUUAGGUCAACUUGAGCGAAGACAAGAUGCUCAGUGGUCCCGAAGGUGCUGCUAAGGUGUGUCUAGAGGGUUUGGGGAAAGGCUCUCUGAGGAGAUGACAUGGGAUGGGGCUGCCUUUGAAGAGGGGAGGAGCCCAAGGUGUAAGGGUUUAAAGACAUUGGAAAGGAAAGUCCCAAGGCGGAUGGUUUACCAGGAGGUGGAAGGGCCCAGGGCCAGAGCAGGCAGUUAAAGGUAAAGCAGGCUCCCUGGAACACAGUUCAGACAGACACACAUUUGCAGUCUGCCGUCAGCCCGGGGUCACUCUGGGUUGUCAGUACUUUUAAGUCGGCCCAGUAGCCCACAGCUGGCUGAGCAUUUGGCGAAGAAACACCCUGACCGCAGAGUCUCGAGAGGGAGGAGACAAAGCCACAUCUCAGUGCCCUAAUAACGGUUUAAAAAGCAAAUCAAGAGGUCCCAGAGCCAGGGUGUGGCUCUCGUGACAGUCAUGGUCAGCUGUCCCCUGGGAGGCAGCUCCUUCACCCGUGGCCAGGCGGGAAUGAGGCAACAUGUAUGUGCGAGGGUCUCGGUGCCCCCACACGCCUCACAAUCUCCUCGCUCUGACACGGCCCAGAAAACGUUCACGGUUAUUUUUAGGGGGCCAUAUUUUACUGGGGAAUCGCAGCAUGAAUUUAACACCCUGGGGUACUUCCGAUGCAGGGACCAGGAGCAAGGGAUGUGGCUGUGCAGCAUUUUAUUGCCCAUUAUAAAUCGCUAAGGGAGAUGCUAGACCAGAGACCUGCAUCCCCGCCGCUGUCUUGUUUCCAGUACGUGGUCUGGGGAAGGAAGUUUUAUCCAGCAAAGCACACGGCCUCUCUGAUUCCCAGACAAACCGCCCCCCGGCCCCGUACUGGGCAUUGUUAGCCCUUCAUUUUGUUGACACCUCUUCUCCUGCUUGACAAAUAAGUUCCAGAAUGAUUUAUCAUUAUCUUCCAUCACUAACAUAUUGUGUCCCCCCCACUAUGGGCAGUUCACACAGGCAAAAAAAAAAAAAAAAAAGCAAAACAGCAAAAUUAAAACAGUUGGUUUAGUGUGUUGUGUAACUUUGCUGUAUAUCAAAACUAAUUUUUACAAGUUUUCAUCUUACAUCCCGACACAUGUAAUUAAUACUUCUGCCUGUUAUUUAUGACCUACUUGUGAUACUUUUAUUAAUAAAAGCUAAUGAAGAAGGAUCCUUUGUUAAGCUGAUGACUAGACCUACACUUGCUUUUCCUGCAGUGUCUGAAGAAGUAUUGUGCCAGAGUAUUAAAAGAUAUGUAAUAUUUUAUUGAUUAAAAAAAAAGCUAUCCUUUAAAAGGAAUACAUUUUAGGAUGUCAUCAUUUUGAUGUGAAUCGUGUACAUGUUGAUAAUAUGCACUGUUUACUAUACAUUGUUUCAAGAGAUCCACUUCUUUGCCUUUUUGCCCACAUAUAUUAUGUAGUCUAUUUGCAAUCGUUUCAAAACAAAACGACGUUAAGAUGAUAGUUGAUGUAGGGAACAAUAGUGGAUGUUAGCCGUCUCCUCCCCUGUAUGUAUGGGUGUUAGCUCAACUGCUUUGCGCAGCAGGAUUAUCAGAGUAAAAGUGUAUUUGUAAACUGUAUGGGAACUAAAAAUUAGGAAUAAAAGCAUUUUCUUAUA